GCUCUUCCAGCCAUCAGCAUCCCCUAAUGAAACAUUCCAGGGGCGUGAUGCUGGCUCCUGGAAUCCUUUUUCUUGCCCCCUCCCCUGAUUUGUUUUCAUGACGUAGAGCUGGCAACUGCAGAUUUGUCCUCUCUUGAUUAUAUACAGUUAAAGAAAAGGGUUCCUGUCCAUCCCAGCUUGUUUCACUUUGCUGCUUUUCCUCCUCCAGCCCGACUUCCAGCUGCAGUAACACGAUACACUUGGCAGAGGCCGAGAGAAUCUUUGGCACAUUGGAAAGAGGCUUAAUGUAAAGUCUACAUUUUUUUUAUUUUUUUUUUUUUAAUUUUUAUUUAGGGCUUUUUGAAACUCUAGUGAUUCUGCACAGCUCUGGCAGUCACUGCAGGGCUGCUCACAAACGCUCCAAACACAACUGUGAGCAAAAGGAUUAGCGGUGCCUUCUGUGAAGAGGAUGGUUUAGUAUCUGUCACAUCUCCCUCUAAAAAAAUAUUAACGAUGGACGUGGAUCGAGUGGAACAACUUUCUGAAGACAGAAGGAAGAGCCUCCUCUCAGCUGACAAGAGAAAGAGCAAUGGCUGGAGAACUGUUGUGGGAUUUUUGUGUGUAUUCCCCGUGGCGGCUUUGCUGGCGGUUGUGGGGGAUCCAGCUGGAGCUGCAGUUCAGAAGAGCCAGGAAGAUGCCACAUCACCUGGUCUCCAUGGAGGGAGCUCCUCUGCUUUGCCCAGUCCAGCUUUCCCACCUCGGCCCCCAGCGCGGAGAAGACGAUACACCAUCACACCAGGGCACUUGAAAUGGGACCACUUCAACUUGACAUACAAGAUCCUCUCCUUCCCAAGGAACCUCAUAAGUGCCAGGGACACGCGCCGGGGGCUGGCGGCCGCCUUCCGCAUGUGGAGUGAGGUUUCACCCUUCAGCUUCAGGGAGGUGCCGCGCCACGUCCCCAGCGACCUCAAAAUAGGCUUCUACUCCAUCAAUCACACAGACUGCCUGGAGUCACUCAUCCACCACUGCUUUGAUGGAACAACGGGGGAACUUGCCCACGCCUUCUUCCCACCCAACGGGGAAAUCCAUUUUGACGACCACGAGUACUGGAUUUUGGGGAACACCCGCUUCAGCUGGAAAAAAGGUGUCUGGCUGACGGAUCUGGUACACGUGGCAGCUCACGAGAUAGGCCAUGCCUUGGGCCUCAUGCACUCCCUCAACCCCAACGCCCUCAUGCACAUCAACGCCACCCUGACUGGGAAAAAGACCAUCUCCCAGGAUGAAGUGUGGGGGAUUCACAGGCUUUACGGCUGCAAAGACAGAUUAUUCAUGUGCCCGUCCUGGGCACAGAAAGGCUUCUGUGAGAAACGCAGGAAGCUGAUGAAAAAGCACUGUCCAUCCACCUGUGACUUCUGCUACGAAUUCCCCUUUCCAACAGUCCCCCCUACUCUGCCCCCGCCGAGGACGAAAACCAAGACUGUUUCUGAAGGCAGGAACGUCACCUUCCGCUGUGGACAGAAGAUCAUCCAUAAAAAAGGCAAAGUUUACUGGUAUAAAGAUAAGGAGCUUCUGGAAUACUCAUAUCCAGGGUAUUUAUCCUUAAAUGAAGAUCACAUGAGCAUCAUUGCAAAUGCAAUUAAUGAAGGAACUUACACUUGUAUAGUAAAGAAGAAAGAAAGAAUCUUGACUACUUAUUCCUGGCGAAUCAGACUGAAGCACUAACGAGGGCCCUGGAAUAAGCACUUCAAUUACUGCUAGUUCUGUUUCAAAUUGUUUCUUUGGCAUUUUAUAUUUAAUCUCCAGUAGAGCAAUGGAACUUCUGAAGCUGCUGCUUCCAUACCUUGGCCAAAAGAGACUCUGAGACUUGAUUACUGGAAUGUAAAACUUUUCCAAAUUAGUUUUAAUGAUAAAGAAUUUAUCAAAUAUGUGCUGUACAGAGAAUUAAA